UAAAGUAUCGAAUAACACUUUACCUCCACCCGAACUUCGGAAGUUUCCCCUGUCCAAUCAUCGUCCUUUUCCUUUUGUUCUGGCAGUGUUUCCUCCCAAUCCCGGCCUUGUAUGCCGGCAAUUCUACUGCUGAUCUCGCCCCCUCGUUGGUCCCUGCACCUAUCUGUAUGCUGUCCUCCCACUCGUCCGACUCCGGCAUCCCUCUUUCGCCGUCCUCCGCUGCCCCUCGCACCCCUCCUACUGUGUCGUCCAUCUCCAGCAUAAAUACAUCUCCACGCGCUCUUGUUCUUCGCUUCUUCUCGCUCAGUCACUCAUCUCAUCAUCUCUUCCUUCCUAUUGUCUCUUCCAUAGACUGUUAAUCGCCAGUCGCCACUUGACCUUUUCCAGAGACAAAUACCAUCUAAAACCAUAUUCAAAAUGUCCAACCUUCCUCACGAGCCCGAGUUCGAGCAGGCCUACAAGGAGCUUGCCUCUACCCUUGAGAACUCGACUCUCUUCGAGAAGAACCCUGAAUACCGCAAGGCUCUCGCCGUUGUCUCCGUCCCCGAGCGUGUGGUUCAGUUCCGUGUCGUCUGGGAGGAUGACAACCACCAGGUUCAGAUCAACCGUGGAUUCCGUGUCCAGUUCAACUCCGCUCUCGGCCCCUACAAGGGUGGUCUCCGUUUCCACCCCUCCGUCAACCUGUCCAUCCUGAAGUUCCUUGGUUUCGAACAGAUCUUCAAGAAUGCUCUGACCGGUCUGAACAUGGGUGGUGGUAAGGGUGGUUCCGACUUCGACCCCAAGGGCAAGUCCGACAACGAGAUCCGUCGCUUCUGCGUUGCCUUCAUGACCGAGCUGUCCAAGCACAUUGGCGCCGACACCGACGUCCCCGCCGGUGACAUUGGUGUCACCGGCCGUGAGAUCGGUUUCCUCUUCGGCCAGUACCGCAAGAUCCGCAACCAGUGGGAGGGUGUCCUCACCGGCAAGGGCGGCAGCUGGGGUGGUUCUCUGAUCCGUCCCGAGGCCACCGGCUACGGUGUCGUCUACUACGUCGACCACAUGAUCAAGUAUGCCACCAAGGGCGCCGAGUCCUUUGCCGGCAAGCGCGUCGCCAUCUCCGGUUCCGGGAACGUCGCCCAGUUCGCUGCCCUCAAGGUCAUCGAGCUCGGCGGUUCCGUCGUCUCCCUGUCCGACAGCAAGGGCUCCCUGAUCGUCAACGGCGAGGGCAGCUUCACCCCCGCCGAGAUCGACAUCAUCGCCCAGCUCAAGGUCGACCGCAAGCAGCUGUCCGAGGUCGCUACCACCGAGGCCUUUGCCUCCAAGUUCAAGUACAUCGAGGGCGCCCGCCCCUGGGUCCACGUCGGCAAGGUCGACGUCGCCCUCCCCUCCGCCACCCAGAACGAGGUCUCCGGCGAGGAGGCCCAGGCCCUGAUCGACGCCGGCUGCAAGUUCAUCGCCGAGGGCUCCAACAUGGGCUGCACCCAGGCCGCCAUCGACAUCUUCGAGGCCCACCGCCUGGCCAACCCCGGCGCCGCCGCCAUCUGCUGGUCCGCCGAGGAGGUCGACUCCCGCCUCAAGGGCAUCAUGGAGUCCUGCUUCCGCAACGGUCUCGACACCGCUGUCAAGUACGCCACUCCCGCCGAGGGCGUCCUGCCUUCCCUGGUCACCGGUAGCAACAUCGCUGGUUUCACCAAGGUUGCCGAGGCCAUGAAGGAGCAGGGUGACUGGUGGUAAACAUAUCACCCCACUCACAUCUCCACAUUAUGAUGACGAACUUUUUUCUGAGCGAUUACCCCUUUUUUUUUCUUUUCUUUUCCUCUCUUCUUGGUUGAUCCCAAGCGCAUUGAAUUUGGACGAUAGAGGCGCCGGGUUUCGGGUAUUCGGAUUUCAUUCUUGUAUAAACUUCUCAUGAUUUAGAGCAUUAGCAUAUAUCAUGAUUCAAUAUAUACCAUUAUCAAAA